UCAUCCCCAGUAGUGGUGGGACCUAAACAAUUUAUCGCAGGACCAAAACGACAUGUUCCGGAGUUGACCCCAGAGCCACAGUUCCAGGGAGUAAAGUCUAUGCCGCUGCAUCCAGAGCCACAAUUACAAGAUGUGGAAUAUGUUAAUUUAAUCCAACAGCCAGCUACUACUGGAAUGGUAGAAUCUGAGAAGCUGGUAUAAGAGCCAAUACUACAACGUAUAAUAUCAGAGGAAUUGACUAAGGGGGCACAGCUUCAGGGUAUGAAAUUUAUCCCAGGGCCACAUUUGCAAAGUGUCCGAUUUUCAAAUUUACCUCCAGGGCCAGGUCUGGGGGGUAUGAAACCAAUGGAGCUGACCCCAGACUCAAAACUUCAAGGUGUAAAAUCUGAGCUGUUGACCUCGGAGCUGAAAGAUGGGAAAUCUGUGGUCCUAACUACAGGGCAGGGUCUAAAAGGUACGGAAUCUACUUUGCUAACCCCUAGUCCACAGCUGGAAGCUGAGAAAUCUAUGGAGACAACCACAGUGCCAUGGAUAGACUAUGCCAAACCUGUGAAAAGCACCCAAGAUACCAAGCUUCAAGGUACAACUUCUCACUUGAUUCUGCAUGCAAGAAUUCAAGACUCCAAAGCUGUAGAGUUGGUCCAAAGAACCCAACUGCAAGAUGUGCAAACUGUGGAAUUGAAAUUUGAGCCCCAGAUGGAAGGUGAGAAAGCUGAGCCUUUUGCACCAGGGCCAUUGCUCCAAGGGUCUGAACUGCAAGGUGUGAAACCCAAGGAACUGACUUUAGAGCCACAAACCCAAGAUAGUAAACUUGUCGACAGUACCCCGUGUUUAAAGCAUCCAAGUUUACAAUCUGUAGAGGAAACUCCAGAUCCAAAGCCGCAAUGUGUAAAAUCUGUAAAGUUGACCCCAAGGCCAAACAAACAGGAAGUAAAAUCUGUGAAAGUGACCAGAAGAUCAAAGUUUCAAGGAGUAAAAACUGUGGAUUUAGCCCCAAGGCAACAGUUUCAAGAGACGGCACUCAUGAAUUUAACGUCUGGGCCAGAACAGGAUGGCACGCUAUCUGUAAUCUCACCAAAGCAGCAAUGUGUGAGUUCAGAGCAGUUGAAGAGAGGGGCUAAGUCGGACGAUGGGCUGUCUUUGGAGUUAACUCCAGAGCUAAAAUUUAAAGGUAAAAAAUUAGUAGACCUCAAUUUUGAGUUACAGUUUGAAAGUAUGAAAUCAGACUUGACUCCAGAAUCAAAUAUUCAAGGUUUAAAACCUAAAGAAUUCAAACCUGAACCACUUCAACCACAGUUGCAAAGCAUAAAGUCUCCUAAGUUGACCCCAGGGGCACCACUGCACCAGAUUAAAGGCUCAGAGUUAGCUUCAGAGCCACCGCUUUGUGUAAAAACCGUUGAGCUGAAACAAGAGCCACUGCUUGAAAGUAUGAGACGCAUUCAGUGGAUACCAGGACCUAAGUUCCAAGCUGUGAAAUCUGUAGAGUUCAAUCUCGGGUCACAGUCUCAAGGUGUUAAAUCUGUAGGGUUGAAAUCUUCGACACAGUUAAGAGAUGUGAAGUCAUCUGAAUUGACUCUCAGGUCCAAAACUCAAGGUGCGACAUAUACAGAGUUCAACCUUGGGCCACGGUUGCAGAACAUGAAAACCCCUGGGGUGCUCCCAGGAACACAGCUGCAAAAAGGGAAGGUUUUGGCAUCAACCUCAGAGCCACAGCUUCAAGAUGUCAAAACUACUGAGUUCAAAAAAGAGCCACAGCUGGAAAGAAUGAGGUGUAUCCAGUGGAUGCCAGGACCUGAUUUCCAAGGUGUGAAGUCUAUAGGGUUAUAGUC